GUCCUGCGGAACCGGCUGCUGAGCCGAGCAGCUGUUCACUGCUCCUUCUCCAAACUUUGUGCCGGAGUCGCUGGCUGCAUGUUCCGAGAGCCGGUAUCGGCUCAGGGGCCCAAGUCGUGCGUCCGGUGCCGGACGCUGCCAGUGACUCCGUGCGUCGUAAGUCGCCGCUGUCGUCUGGUUUAUCUGAGGUCAGAGUGAACUCAGUGCCUCCUGUGCGCGUGCACGUUGGCGCGUGCACGCGAGCUUCCUGUCGUCUCCACUGUGUUAUUGUGCGAACGCUGCAGUGCGUCGUCCGUCAUGAAGUUUGGUCGGUACCGAAGCAGAAUCGGACUGGUUGGCGUUGACAGGAGCAGAGUGGGGUUCUGGUUGAUGAUGCUUCGUCACAUCGCUGAGGAAAAUUAAGUUCCAUAAACAGCUGCUCGGUCAGAAUUUAACUGCCGGCUUCAUAAAAUUAUUCUCUUCGUGGUCGAAUAAUGAGAUUCGGGCUGAGCUUGUUCUUCGAGCUGCAUCAGAACAACAAAGAGCACGGAGCAGCGCGAUACCGAAGAGCAGCAACACAAAGACUGAACUAAUCCUGUAAUGGGAGGUCGACCACAUGGACGACCGGGCGGCGGCCACCACGGAGCUGAAGCCGUGUAUCGAGUACCACGACCUGGAGGCCGCAGAGGUGCUGGUCAGCAUGAGUUUCUGGGGCCAAAGUUUGCACAAGCCCCGCCCGCUGACCCCCACCUCCGACUCCUGCGACUCCAUGCAGCUCCACUCAGAGGGAGGGGACGCUCCCAAAGACCUGAUCGCUCUGUCUUCACUGUGUAUGACUCCGCCUCACAGUCCGAGCUUUGCUGAGGCCUCCACCACCACCUCCGCACUGAGCCCCACCUCCAGACCAGUCUUACCCCGCGGUGCAGGCCUCACCAUCGGCCCCAACCUCCACAGUGACUCCCAGAGCAGCUUCACCUCAGAGACUCCUGCACUUCCACCACACACCGAGCUGCCCUGUGUGGCCGCAGCCGGCAGAGCCAUGGUCACCAGUGUGAUCCGGCACACUGCCGACCGCCUCGGCAUUCCUCCGCCUCCCCCCUCCACCACCCAGCUGACAGAAGCCUCCACAACACCUCCACAAACACUUCCAGAGGAGAAGGUCGGACCUCCUUCAUCUCCAGAGAGCGCGUCUCCUCCUCCUCCUCCUGCAUCCCUUAAUUACUGCUCCCAAGCGUCUUCCACGCCUCCCUCUUCCUCCUCAGUCUCCACCUCUCCCCUGCUCUGCCAGGUGUUCCCAGUGAGCAGUCGCGGCAUGAUCUCCGCCUUCGUUCAGGCUCCGGUUCAGGUGCAGACUCAAGGAGGACCAAAGCCCAUCCUGCCCCAGUCUCCUCCCAGCUUUGCCCAGCCUCUGUUGGUGGGCUCCCCUGUGCCGCAGGGGGCCGUAAUGUUCGUGGUGCCCCAGCCGCCUGUGUCCCAUCCACCACAGGGCCCUCCGUCCGUCAUGACCCUCGGCAACACUAAGCUGCUGCCCCUGGCCCCGGCUCCCGUUUACAUGCCAUCCGGUUCGGCUGCUGGCACCUCGCAGGCCGACUUCUCCCGCAGGCGGAAUUACGUCUGCAACUUUCCUGGCUGCAAGAAGACGUAUUUUAAGAGCUCACACCUGAAGGCUCACCUGCGCACACACACAGGCGAGAAGCCGUUCAGCUGUCACUGGGACGGCUGCGACAAAAAGUUUGCCCGCUCUGAUGAGCUUUCCCGCCACCGCCGCACACACACCGGUGAGAAGAAGUUUGUGUGCAAGGUGUGCGACCGCCGUUUCAUGCGCAGCGACCACUUGACCAAACAUGCCCGGCGGCACAUGACCACCAAGAGGGCGUCGUCGUGGAGCGCUGAAACCACAGACCUCAACAAAGUGGCCCUGUCCAAGGCCCAGAACAGAGGUCCCACACUUCCUCUCGGCGUGCUGGUUCCCACUGCCAACUAAUGGACUAAUCAGGAGCCCACAGGGCCAACUCAGGACCCCAGGGGGGAGGGGGCACCAGACAACCACAUGUUUGACCUGCGCCAGGUUGUUUCACUCAGCUCCACCAGCCUCAUCAGGACGAUCUUUUCUACUCCACGAGUCACAUUCAGGCUGGGAGCACAGCAAACACUUACAGGGCCCGGCUGUGUUUCCAUCAGUGUUGUUUUACCAGCAUCUUUACAAAGACGCUGACUAAAGGCUCAGUCGAGUCUACAUCCAAUCAGUGAAACUGUCUGCAGGGUCAAAGCAAUAUCAGCCUAGGUGAGCAGCUUUAAAAAGUAAGUCAGCCAGAGUAGAACCGGUCCAACAUGUGGACAGGACCCGACUCCCAACCCCACAAUGAGUGACAACCUUUUGUUACGCCAUGUGGUUGUGACGCGGGAGCUGGCACGUCACCAAGUCACCAAACAAGUGGUCUGAUCCAUCCAGACGAUACGAGUAGAACUAGCACCAAUAGAGCUUUUAGCAGUCACGUCUAACGGUUUGUGUAGAUCUACAGUGUCACUGGAGGAGACAGAAAUGUGUUUAAAAACAACGCGUCAGGAGGGUUACUACUAAAAAACCUAUGGAUGGAAACAUAGCCGGAGCUGCAACAGUCGACACAGCGAGUUUCGCGCUCUGCUCAGGACAUUUAGUUUCCACAAACACACCGAAGACGAGGAAGGUGACAGGAAGGAAGAGAUGAAGGCGACAGGCUGCUACUCACCACGGACAGAAACCAACAAAAACCUGACAUUGCACUGGAUUUUUUUAAUCUUGCUUGUUUUUGUAUCUCUCUCCGUGUAUAAUCAUGUUUACUUCAUGUGUAAAUGUCAUGUUUAGCUAAAUGUAUGCACUUGUUAUUUUCUUGCCAAAGCCUUCGUAUUGUGCUUCUACUAUUAGCCUACAUAUGUUUAUUUGUCUGAAUGUAAAUAUUGUACAUUUGAUAACUAUAUGAAUGUUAUGUGUAUUCCAAUCUGCAUUUAUUGACAGUAUUGAUAUUUUAAAAUGUCAGUGGACAGUAUUCCUCACUGUGACUCUACCUACUCUUUGCUUUACACAUUAUUCUUAUUUAAAAACAUUUGUUGAGGACAAAGUGCUGUUUUUUUUGCUUGAUUUGGCCCAUAGUGUAGCCGGAAAGAGAAUACCUCAUGUUAUUAAAUGUCAUUCUUAAUGAUAACUUCUUAUAUUGGAAUAAUCCCAUUUCUGAACAUUUGCCUGUAAGCGAUGGUGAAGAAUAUGGCUUUUAUAAUAAAACGUUACCAUGAAACUGAGCCGGGUGUUUAUCAUUUGUCGCAUACGUGUAAUGAAGUAAAAGAUUUCCUGUUGA